AUGAGUGAUUACAAGCCGUUUCCAGCAUACCAAGGCAACAGCAAUGUCAGUGCGCAAGGCAGCAGGUUGAGGAGCAGCAGUCAGGUGUCUACGGGUGCUAGCGACCCCGUCAAGGACCACAGGAGGAAGAGGUCCUCUUCGAUAAUAUCGCAUGUGGAGCAAGAGACGUUUGAAGACGAUGUGGACCAGCAGUUGCUGCCAAACAUGAACGCGUCCUGGGUCAACCAGCGCGGUGCGUGGAUCAUACAUAUCGUGGUGAUAGUGCUACUGAAGAUGUUCUACAAUAUACUGCCGGGCAUCACCGCGGAGUGGUCCUGGACGCUGACCAAUAUGACCUACAUCAUAGGGUUCUACAUCAUGUUCCACCUGGUGAAAGGUACGCCUUUCGAGUUCAACGGUGGCGCAUUCGAUAACUUGACCAUGUGGGAGCAGAUAGACCACGAGACGCUGUUCACACCAUCGCGCAAAUUCCUGCUUGCAGUGCCCAUCGCAUUGUUCCUCGUAAGUACACACUACGCACACUACGACCUCAACUUGUUCCUAUGGAACCUGGCAGUCACCAUAUUCGUUGGAGUGGUGCCCAAACUAGCGUGGGCACACAGACUAAGAAUCUCCAUUCCAGGUGUGAUGCGCGCCCAGAUCAGUUAG